AACUGCUUAGCUUCUGUAGUGAGUAGUCUAGGAACAUCACCUGACACAAGGGGUCACUCCUGGGCAGUGGUGGCUGGAGGUGAGGUCUGUGGUCUGUGGCUCAAAGUCAGAGUGAUAUCAGAGAUUUCCCCUAGGUAAUAGGUUUGAGCUACAGUGAGUACAGUAUAGCCUUGUUCAGGUCAUAGCUGCCCCUGGCCAUGCUCCUCCAUUUCCAUAGCCAUCUCUGAUAACUAAAGGAACCCUAGCCAAAGAGGCAUCAGUGGGUGCCCAUGGGGCAGGGCAAAAAAGCAAGGCCUGGGGGUUUCCGGUGUGCUGAGUCAACCAGGGAGGAAGAACCCACCAGCUGGGCAAGAUCUGCAAGUAGAGCUGCAGGUGUGCACUGGUUCCCCAGUCAGCCCCCAGCGCUCAUUUUUUCUGUCCUCAGGUCCCUCUUCCCUGCUUUACAAGAUGAGGCCACCAGUGCCUUCAGCCCCACUAGCCCUCUGGGUCCUGGGGUGCUCCCUGCUCCUCUGGCUGUGGGCACUGUGCACAGCCUGCCACAGGUAUGUGCUUGGGGUUCUGUCUGCCCUCCUCCUGUAUGGCUCAGAGUCAGAAGUCACAACAGAGAAGUCCAUAUGAGGGCUCUGCAUGUGCCUCUACACUGAGCCUGGGCCAGCAUCUGAUCACCCCUGCACCUUCCUCUGCCUACUGGACUAACAGCACUCUUGCCCCCAGGAAGCGGGCUCAAAGGCAACAAACUGGGCUACAGGGCAGUUUGAUACCAGUGGAAAUGUCACUGCUGAGACAGACCCACCUCUGCUCCCUCAGCAAGUCUGACACCAGAUUGCAUGAGCUUCACCAAGGCCCACGCUGCAGCAUAGCCCCACGGCCUGCUAGCAUGGAUCUACUGCAUCCACACUGGCUGGAGGUAUCCAGGGGCAGCACCAGGUCUCAAGUAACUCCCUCUGCCUUCCCACCUCGGCAGCUGCCCAGGGCCCCUCCUGCUGCCCUUGCAACUGCACCUUCUACUAGUCCCGAGGCCACUUAUUCCAAUGUGGGGCUGGCUGCAAUUCCCAGGGCCAGCCUGGCUGCUAGCCCUGUGGUAUGGGCUGGAACACAGCUGACCAUUAGCUGUGCCAAGCUUGGGCCUGGGGCCGAGUAUGCCUGCAUCCAGAAGCGCAAAGAGACAGAGCAGGGCUACCAAGAAUUGCAGCAGAAGGCUAAGGUGAUCCCAGCUACUCAGAUGGAUCUCCUGUACUCCAGGGUCUGCAAGCCUAAAAGGAGAGACCCAAGACCUGACACAGAUCAGCCGGAACCCCAGGGUGGGAGAGCAGUUCUGGCCCUUGGGAGUGAUGUGGAAUAUGAGGCCAUCACUCUCAGGGGCCAGGACAUGAACCAAGAUCCCUUAGAAAAUGUGUAUGAAAGCAUCAGGGAGAUGGGCCCCUGAGAAGUUGAGGCCUUACAUCCUGUUUAUUAACAUGAGCUGACAUAGUAAGGGUACCAAGGCUUCUGCCUCAGCAGGGUUUGAUUGCAGAUCGUUCUGUGUCCUUCCACCCCCAUAGCUGACAGCACAAAUUUCAGGUCCAGUCCUUGUGGCCUAAUUAAAUCUCUGUCACAUAA